CGCACGCUUUCUUCGCAUCAGUUUCCUGAAAGCCCCUGAGUUAGCUGUCCAUCGCUGCAGUCUGUGGUUCUGUUUCUUUGUAAGGCCUAAGUUUCCAUUAUGAAAAAGGCCGGAUUCUCCGUCUUUUCUCUUCUCCCGCUCUGGAUGAACUUUGGCAGCGUUGCUGCUUAUGAUGAGUCCAAAAUCUGCUACAUCUUGGAUGCCAUUCUGUUCAUCUAUGGAGUCAUUCUAACUGUCCUUUACUGCAGAAUGAAGUUAAUGAAUGAAAAUAGAAAGAUCUCCUCUCACGCAAAGAAAGAUGCAGCUGAAGGUGUUUAUGAAGGUCUUGCAACACGUUCUGAAGACACCUACGAGACCAUCCAAAUGAACAAGACCAAAGCAUAAGGAAAUCGAGAGAGCUAACCCUGAUGCUGUAUCGUUUUUUUUAGCAUGUACCUUUAAAUUCAUGUUGUACAGAUUCAUAUAACAAUCAUUCUCUAUCAAAGAGUGUUUUGUAAUGAUUUAUAUGUAAUAUAUGUAUCGGCAUAAUGCUUUGCUUCAGGUACUUUUUGUGGAAGAUAGAUAUGAAUUUAAUAUCAGAUAAUUACCUGUGUAAAUGGAAGAGAGCAGGAUUGGUUGACACAGGAGUUGGUUGGUACAAUGAGACACUAGGGAGAAAAAUGUAGCAUAAAAACGAUUACCCAUACUUCAUGGUGUCAAGAGCUCAGAAUAUUACUAUUUGUUCAGGUGGGGAUGAUGUUUUUAUUUUUUAUGUGUUUAAAAAUGUGUUUUAAAGAGAGAAAUUGAACAUUUUAAAUAUUAGAUCUAGUCAGUAUGUUUAGUUAGUAUGUUAGUAGAUGCCUGUUGUCCUUUACAUUAUAUUAAGGUCAUGUUGACUAGACCAAAAGAAAUCGUCCAAAAUUCCCCUGAAAAUUCCCCUUAUAUUCAAAGUAAAGUGUGUUUUUUUCCUUCUCCUGUAAAGUUCUCAUUUUGGAGAUACAAGGUUUUGUUCCAACAGCAGUGAUAUAUUACUUUAUUUUAUUUGCAGCACAGAUACUGCACUGCUUCUAUUACAUUCACACAAACUUUGUAAUGCAUUGUUCUUACGUCUAAGCACUUUUCUUUUAUUUGAACUUAAAUUAAAUUUAGGCAACACACAUAAUGUCUACAGUACAGCCUAAUGGCUUACCUGGAAAUGAAAAAGUAUAAUCAGUUGGUAAAGUGGCCCAUUGUUUCCCUUAAUAAAGUUCUUCAAGUUAUUCUUCAAUACAAAUCAAUGAAAAUAUGUUUCAUUUAACUCUUUGUUUUAUUAUUCAAAGAGAUUAUUUGCCUGCCAUUUAAUGUUAUAAAUUAAUAUAUAUAUGUUUGUGGUUUGGAGGUUUAGUUCUAUUUCUUUUUGUUCCUUCAUUCUUUGAAGGUAUAGCCUUUUAAACCCUUAAAAUCCCAGGCUUAUUACAUACAAAGACUCAUUAUUCAGUAAUGAUAGGGACUCCAGUGCAAGCUAGUUGAGCUAUUCUUAGAUUAUAGAAGUGUAUAAUGAAGCUAUGGGCCCACUGUAAGGCUGAUGGCCUAUUAGGGGUUGAUGUUGUGGUACCCAUCUCCAUAACAUGUGACAUGUUGAAGCUGGUUGGCAUGAGCGCACAACACAAUUCACUAGUUCUAGGAAAAUGUCUAUUAUUUAGCUAAGAUAUUCAGCUUUCAUCUGCUGCUAGUUGAGUUAUCCUAUUGUAUGGCAUUCCUGGGAUUUACAUCAGAGAUUGAAGAUCAACCAACCUGCUCUCCCCUAAUUACCAAGCAAAGAGCUAUCAUUUUAAAUACAUGAUAAGCUUUAUCCUGAAGUUAGUAAAGUUACACUGAUCUGUUUAAUAUUUCUGACUAUUGCUUCUUCUGUCCUGAUUAUAAUCUGUGUAUAUGUAACUUUCAAGAAGUGUAUCAUGACCUUGUAUAGUUUUUUCUUUAAAUGAACUAUUCACUAUUUGUAUUAAAUGUCUUAACCAAAA